AUGGUGCAAAUAAUUGUAGCAGACCGUGUGAAUGUGAGGUUGGUAAAUGGUACCAAUCGCUGUGCUGGUAGAGUGGAGGUUCUUCAUAGAGGUCAGUGGGGAACAGUGUGUGGUGAAUUCUGGGAUUUGGCUGAUGCUGCAGUGGUGUGUAGAGAGCUGGACUGUGGAAAACCUGUGGAUGCUCUGAGUGAUGCUCGUUUUGGACCAGGAUCAGGACCAAUCUGGAUGAGUACUGUCAUAUGUGCUGGAUCAGAGUCUACACUGAAGAACUGUGGGUCACUGGAUGGGUUUUUUGACUACUGUGAUCAUAUAAAAGAUGUAGGAGUCAUCUGCUCAGGAGUGAGGCUGGUUGGAGGUUCUCGCUGUUCUGGGAGGUUAGAGAUACUUGAUGAUCAGUCGUGGGUUUCAGUGUGUGCUGCUGCCUUUGACCAGCAGGAUGCAGAGGUUGUGUGUAGAGAGCUGGACUGUGGGGCUCCUGUACAGGUGCUGGGAGAAGAUGCUUUUGGAAAAGGAGACGCUCAGAUGUGGACACAAGAGAUUCAAUGCAGAGGAAAUGAGACUCAGAUUCACCUCUGUCCAACAUCACCAUCAAAUAAAAACAACUGUUCACAUGACAGUAUUGUUGGACUGAUGUGUGCAGACCAUGUGAAUGUGAGGUUGGUUGGUGGCAACAGUUCCUGCGCUGGUAGAGUGGAGGUUCAUCAUAGAGGUCAAUGGGGACAAGUUUGUGGUGAUUUCUGGGAUAUGGCUGAUGCUGCAGUGGUGUGUAGAGAGCUGGACUGUGGAGAACCUGUAGAUGCUCUGAGUGAUGAUUAUUUUGGACCAGGACCAACAUGGAUGAGUAAUGUGUUAUGUACUGGAUCAGAAUCUACACUGAAGAACUGUGGGGCAUCAUCAGGGGUUAGACAUGGCUGUGCUUAUAGUGAAAAUGCUGAAGUUAUCUGUUCAGGUAAACUGCUUCAGACCUAA